GCCCACUUGUCACGCCAUCUCCGGGACUUUUCUGGUGCGCACGGAUCUAACCCGCAGCGAGUUUGCAUCUUUUCUGGUAUUUUACAUCCGCUGAGUAUGGGUGAUGAUCGCACCCUAGCGACGCUCGGCAGCAAACGCCUUCGAUGGCGUGCUUUGGAGAUGCGGAUUGCGCCCAAGUUGAAAAAAAAACCGUCGAGUGGACCUGGAGAUGAAGCGGGAUCGGCGUUUACGUUUGGUAAACCCGGCACGUUCGGUCAACCCCCUCCUGUUCCGCCGGUUUCGAAGAAUGCGUCUUUCGUGUCGGCGAGUGGAUCUGGGUCUGCGUCCGGGUCUGGAUCUGGAUCUGCGCUUCCAUCUGGAUCCGGACAAUCGCCCACAUCCCCGACUCGGUGGCGCGAGCAGCCUGUCCCGCUGUUCACGAAGAACGUGUCUUUUGGGUCGGCAAGUGGACCUGGAUCUACGACAACCGACCAGCCCCCUGCUUUCACGUUCGGCCCUCCGCCCACCACCUCCUCGUCGUCGUUUGAUCCAAGGAGCACGGACGAUGGAAUUAGGGUUCCCGCUAGGGUUAGGGGCAGCGUGUUUGGACGUGAGUCGGGGAAGGUGGAGAUCACUUCACCGGCUGCCAACGGAAAAGAAAAGCAAACCACCGCGGCCGCAGUCGAGGCGCCGUCACCACCCUUUGGGGAGAUGGGUUCAGUUCGGCAGUUCGGUGGCUGGCUGCUGACGGGAAGGGGACGGACUAGGAAACGACGUCUGCCACUGCGGCGUUUGAAGCGGUGGCGGCACUCUGAUCUGCCUCUGCGUCAGCGGCCUCAACAAACGAUAAUACCCCUGCGGCAGAUCCGCUCAGCCCUACGUUUGGAUCGAGAAGCAUGGACGCGGAGGUGCCUUCUGGAUCUGGUUAGCACGUUCUCUCGGCCAUGACUGGUCGCCAGUCGUCGGCGACACGCUCCCUUCACCGCAUCAUCGACCCGCACCAAACGGGAAAGGCAAGGAAACCACCCCCGCAGCCGCUUCGAAGCCCUGGCGUCGUUGUCGGCCGCCUGGAACGAGCGUAUAUCACCACCCCCGACUGGCGAUGGACAUGUGGGGCUGCUUGGACGGUCGAAAAUCGUGGUUGGGGCGAGUGUGGAGACGGGACGUGAGGGUGGUUCGAGCGGGACUGCGGAUGCUGUCGGUGGAUUGACGUCGUCCACAAGUGCUCCUCGGACGCCACCACGACCCGCCACGUUGAGGCGCACCCAACACCGCACGACCAGCUAUACAAAGCAACGACAGCUCCGCCGCGGCUUUUGGUGCGGUGUCCUCACUACCGUCUUCUUCUUCUUCUUCUUCGGCCAUGACUCCUGCGAAGAUGUCGAACCGCACGACGCGAUCCCAAACCGCUGCCGUUGAACGGGCGAGAC